GGCGAGCAGCCGUCCGAAGCGCAUCCGACCCGCUAAUCCCGCUACAACGCCAUAACUAGCGUUUCAUUUACUGCUUUCGUUUGAAGACAAACCAAAAACAUCGAACAAACUCAAAGAAGCUAUGGAAACAAGACGAAUUUUACAGCAGAGGGUUCGACGUCGUUUACAAGCAGUGAAUGGCCUCAGAUCUUUAAGUGAAAAAUCGAAAGCGAUGCCGGAUUUGGACUUCACGCUGGCGACAGAACGAAACAAUGGAAUCGUCUUUUUCCUCGGAACACAUCUGAAACCCGAAAAGGAUAGCCUCAGCGACUCUAGAUCCGAUAGCCUUAAAAGCAAAAAUGAAACUGAAGACUUCAAUGUAGAGAGCUGGAAGAUAUCAGUGUACAGUAAACCGAUUCGGCAAAACGUCACUGAUCUUGAAGAAUUACUGGUGACAGAAAAGCGUAAAUUCGGUGACCGUCACAAAACUGUGAGGCCUCAAGUUGAAAAUCGUUAUCACGCCUACAAAAUUAGCCAUAACGAUAUCGCUCCAGAGUUGGAGGAAAACAAGCGGCAGGUGAACCUAUUGGAUGGACUCGACGGACCGAGCCUCCGCUUGGAGCCGUUCAAGGAUGAGUUCCUGCUUCAGCGAGAGCUGAGCAUAGAGGAUCGCUUUAGCAUCAUGUCGUUGCGAGAAAAAGUUCGCGCGCCUAUGAAAGAUAUCACUACGUUGAUUCCACUCUAUCUAAGAGAGUAUCAAACGAAGGGCGAUGCUGGGGAUUCUGAGGAACUUGGUGACGUUGAAUCUUUCCAAUGUGCGCAAAGCACUGUAAUAAAUAAACUGCGUGAAUUGGUAGCUGAAUAUCGGAAAACAGUGCAGCAUCACACCACUCUAGAGAGUAUUCUAAUUGAGGACAAAGCACCAGGUAUAACAAGUAUAGGCCUGAGCAUGCUCAAAGUCACAAUGCCAAGACGACCACUUCGACCGCGACGAAAAGAACGAAAGAAGGUCCUUACCUCUUCGAUCAUCCAAGGCAAGUCGGACCUUGCUAACGCUGAAUUAAUUGUGACGAUCCUGCGUGCCACGAAUGUGCCAAUAAGAUCCGACGUCGAACGUCGCGUUUCCAGUCCGAAUAUCGGGCAGGCCGUACUCUUCAACCAAAUGAACGACUCGAUUAUCCAGGUUCGACCCUUUGUAGAGGUUAGCUUUCAGCAGAAUUCCAAAGCAACGUUCGUUUCUGAUGGACCCAAUCCGACAUGGAACCAGCAACUGACCCUGUCCAUUCGUAACGACACCUUCCAAGGCGACAAUCGCGAUGUGAUCUACCUGAAUAUUUGUGACCAGGUUGUCGUUGAUCUACAAAACGAAGACGGAAAGGACCAUAUUCAUCAAAUUCUCGAGCGACGGUGGCUAGGUACUUUAACAAUACCAUUUUCAACCGUCUACAUCAACUCGAAAAUCGAGGGAACGUUUCGAAUGGACAGUCCCCCAGUUCUGUUCGGUUAUGAAUUUGAGUCAAAGCAAUGGCCAACAAAUGGAGAACAAAGCAAUUUCAUUCUGCUGUCACUCUUCAUUACCAUUGAACCGCCACUCCAAUUGCCCAAAAUGAUCUUAGAACGGCUACCGAGCGGUGAACCCGAGGAGAUAUUCGUGAAGGCUAGCAAAUUUCAGAACGAGAUAAACGCUAAAUUUCCGAACAGGGAAGUGCGAUGUCUUACAGCAAACAUCGAAGGCAAAAUGGUGCUAAUGACUCGUUUCAUUAAUCCGAUCAUUCCGCCAAGAGAUCUCCUCUUCGACACGGAUCCGCUGCAAAUCAAGAUGGAACGUCUCGCACGGUUUGUGUCACUUAUACCUACAGUGUCGGAUAGCAUCCUGUUUCCCGGAAUUCGCGACAUCUGGACUACCUGUGAACAAUUUUUGCAAGUGCUCGUGGGCGACGAGGAGGAGCAUGCCAUUCUACUAUGUAACUACUUUCUGUUCUGUGGAGUCAAUGCGUACAUCCUUCUCGGUAACGGAAUACCAGAGGGCGCGACAGCGUACGUGAUCACAAUCAACAACGCGGCGACAGGUCUCGACGAUCGGAUAUGGAACGCUGUUACGGGCCGAAGCUACCUGUUGUCCGAUGUCAAUUCCCCUCUACAAAGUGUGGGGUGCAUCAUCAGUAAGGACAAUGUCUGGGCUAACAUUCAGGAUGACCAAAGGCCAUGUCGAGUUCAAUUUGUUCUAAACAAGUCGAACAAGUGGAAACCGCUGUUCCGAGGUGAACACGGUCUGCCACUUCAUACGCUGCAAACAGAUGCGUGCCGAUAUACCCCGCCUGACAAGAUGCUCGCCUCAAAACUUGAGAGUACUCUAGAGACGCAUCUUCGCGAGUCAAUCAUGCGCUGGCGAAAACAAGAUCGUACGAUCUGGAACCGGAAUCACUGCCGUAUGCUCCGUAGUAUACUUCCAAAAUUUGAGGAGCAUAUGCAAAGGAAGGACGCAAUGGGUUCCGAAGCGCUGUUAGACACACUAGCCUCCCAUAAGCUCAGCGGAUUUCCAUUGUCGAUGACUUUCGUAAGCAUAAAAGCGGUUACGGAUGCCGUUAAAUCGACGGGGAUGCAUCUCACGUGCCAGGAGGGUACCGAGUUCGCAUUGGCGGCGUACGUUCACGCUUAUCCAUCCCAGGUGUUUGCUGUCUGGAUCUACGUAGCCACAAUUACGCGCCGAGAUCAUUUCUAAUAGCUGAUAUGAUUCAACUGCAAUGAAAAUGUGUUUAAUAAAUCAUUCAUAUUAUUAUCAUA